AUGCAGUUCAACCUUUACCUCGUCUUUGCUGCCCUCAUGGCCGUCGUCAGCGCCUCCCCCGCAGCCGACUCCCCUCUCGUCGGGCGCAAUGGCUGCAUUCCUCACGGUGGACAAUGCUCUAUCACUGGCCAGGCUUGCUGCGACGACUGGUCGUGCAUCAAGACCAAGUGCGUUGUCCCGCCUGAAUGGAGUGCAUAA